UACCUUAAUUGCGGUAAGAGUUUGGAGCAACCAGGUCUGAGAUCUGAGCAGGAUUACAUAUUAUCAAACCAAAAACGUAAGGUAAGUUUACAGCUGAACGAGGUUUACUCAAUAUUAUCAAACCAAACAGAAGGUAAGAUAACAGCUGAACGUAGUUUACACAUUUAUCAGUUGUCUACCUUGAUAUUCUUAUUCAUAUGUUUUACUUCCGUAACCAAUUUAAACACGGACAGCGUUUAAACAGGCCAUGUUAUUAAACAAAAACAAACGAUCAAUUGAUACCGAGAGAGUUAUGGAGAUUGCAGUGUUGUUUAUGGAAAUGCCAUAUAAAGGUCAGUUUGAUAAAAUAUAAGCGUGAAGGAAAAUGUCGGACUACAAGGACAUCAUUCGCAACCCGGAAACCCUGAACUGGUUUAAGGCGGCCUUGGAGAGAUCAAGCAACGACACGGUGUUUUAGAGAGCGAUAUCUGUAAUCAAUGUCACACUUCAAAUGUCUUACCGUGUGGCUCUACGAACAUGUGCUGCAAAAGGAAACGUGGGAAAUGCGAAUUUCAUGACAUUCACAAGCCGCGAAAUUGCCUUAAUAAUAAUUUAUGCAAUGAAAUUUGUAAACAAAUAGUAAUACAACACCGAUUUCGCUCUCAACAAAACCCAAACAGCUUUAAAGGUCCUACGUGGAUAAACACGGAUGCCUCUAAAUGGUGCUCAGAGCCAUGGCAGAUUUCUAAGUGCUUUAUCUCAAAAGAUGGGUACAAGGACGCCAACCAAGCAGAAAAUACCGACUUCAACGGUAUAGUCAAUGUCAUUUACAACUGUGAAUACUUCCAAACGUACUUCAAGGACGACCUGACACAGCAGGAAAAUGUGUGCACGAAGGCUAGAGAUGUGGGGCGUGCUGUAAGACAUACGUCAACAAUGUCCAUGAUGAGGCAAGACAGUGACAGAGCCAUCGACACACUAGUUUCGCUGUUGCAGAACCUUAAACACGUCGAUCACCAAGCUGCGUCACAGAUGGCAGUGGACAAGCUAACACAGCUGAAAAAUGGGACACUAGCGAUUACAGACGAAGCUAUCGCUUCAACCUUUGAACACUUCAAAGAAAAUUUGACGGAAGAAAUUAAAGAAGUUCUUGAAAAGGAAAAGGAUACACUAGUCAGGACUAUGGACGAUGCUUUAAAGAAUAUAGGUGAAAACAUCAGAGAAGCCAUCAUCGCUGCUGGUGACGAUCAGCUUGCAAAGAUAAAAAGGAAAGGAGAUGAAGUGCUGAAUGAGCUGGACAAUGUAGUCUCAGAUGUAAAAUCAUUAAUUCCGAGUACAACGCCGGACCCCCACAAACUUAAGCAUCCAGGAGUUACAGGUGAUGAUCCUACAUCACCCAUUGUUCAAAUGAGCAGUACAUUACUUAAAAUACAGGCGUGGUUAAUCAAACAGUACCAAACAAUGUGUGUCGGGACGGUUUCGAUGCUAGAUACGGACAUAGAUGUACCAUUAGAACGGAUUUACGUGACACCCUCCAUUAAGGAGCUUAAAAGAGUUCAGAAAGACCGAAAUGGUGUGCAUCAAACAAACCAGUCCUCAUCGUUUUCAAAUGAUGUAAGAACCUACAAUGGGCUAUUGCUGCGUGAUGGAAAGCCGGUAAAUACAAUUUAUAUACAAGGAAAUCCAGGUUGUGGCAAAACUACGUUUUCAAACAAGCUUGUACUUGAUUGGUGUAAAGCUCAAUCGACAAAGGUUACGUCCAUAAAAGACACAAGCAGCGCAACAACUAGCAAGCAAACAUCAAAGCCAAUAGCAUUCGACGAUCUUGACACUUUGCGAGACUACACAUUUCUGUUCUUUGUGUCAUUACGUGAUUACAGUGGACGCAUGUGUAGCGUCACUCAGAUGAUUGAGUAUGCUAUAAAAUGCAAAAAACUAACUUGGGAUGACUGCGUCUGGGAACAUAAUUGUCUUGUUCUAACCGAUGCCGCAGACGAAUGGUACCACGCCGAAAUUCCAUCCCCUCCGCCAUCUGACUCGACAUGCAUAUGUCAUAAAGACCGUACUAUGCCGCAAUAUUUGCAGCGAAUUAACAUAACCAAUAUUAUAACCGCACGACCAUGGAAACUUGCCGUCCUAAAACUAAGCGAUACUUUAACGCGUACAUUCGAAAUUUCCGGCGUAUUGGACUACAUAAUGUUGUCGAGGAAUGUGUUUCGUGUUUUAGCAGAGAAAGACUGUAUAUCGAAAAAGGAUCAAAAAACCAAAUAUACUGACUUCUUUAACAAAAUAAACACACACAACUUGGAAAAUCUCAUAACAAUACCAGCCAUGUGUGUUCAGUUAGUUCACCAGUUCUACGUUGGACGUUUAACGGUAGGUUCACUGUGUGCUUUAUACGUCAACAUGCUAGAUAUGCACAUAGCCAGGGGACUGCAAAAACUUCAAAUCCAAGACUUUAACACUGGGGAAAAAUCAUGUGGGGAUUUACCAGAAAUAUUUAGAACAGAAACAAUUGACUAUGUGCAAGCUAAUUUGUCGCUGGUUUAUUCCGCAAGUGAGCUUGCAUUAAAAACGCUGACAGACACUAACAAACAAUCAUCCCUUGUCUUUCGAGAAAACAAAAUCACACAAUACAUGACGAAAACAGAACUAGAUUACUUACUUCAGACAGGGAUUAUCACGAGGAAAAAGUCUUUGGCACUUUGCCCAGAAAAGAAUGUUCCAUAUAUGUUUGUGCACAAAACAAUCGAGGAAUUUCUAGCAUCAUUGUAUAUUGCUAUGAAUCAGACAGAAAUGGACGCAAUCAUGCACGCAAUACAGUUGGCGUAUUGUGAUAGUACGUCUAUUAUGGACAUAGGUCAGUUGUUCAUCUUUACAUGCGGAAUCUGUCCCACGGCAGCGGAAAGAAUGUCAAAGCACAUAACGGAUGUCAUCACAUAUGACAUGGAAAGCAAACUUCAGGAUAGCUCUAGCGAUUUGUCUUUUACAUUGUGUAGCGUAGCUCAAGAUAUUGUAUUGGAUGGCAUCAUUGAAGGGGCGGCAAACAAGCAUGCGUGCGUCCAUCUAAAUUGCAGUCAUUGUAGAUUUAGCAGUUUACAGCGACAGAAGAGAAAAAAUGCGGUCAAAACCUUAAUAGAUAUGAACAUAUCAAACAUUGUUAGUAUUGAUGCAGAUUUUACAUUUACUCUUGACGGACAAUUGUACGAUUUGCAGGAAAUUAUAUCGCAAUCGAGAGAAACGUUGUUGUAUUUGUCGGUCGAUCAUGUUGGUCACAUUGAUCUACAGGGUGUAAAACUCAAGUACUUGUUAUGUGUUGGUAAUACCAAUAUUACCUCUGUAGAUUGCAGCAAUAUGGUGACAUGUUCGAUAGGUAAUGUAACACCAUUAACAGAAAGGGUCCUCUUCGAGUCGAUGUCAGCAACUGGUGAAAACAUCAGUUUUCUUCACAUAACGCGAUGUGCGAAUAUUAAACUUUUGUGUGAAGCUCUUAAAAACCUUAGGCGUCUACACACGCUUUUAUUAGUGCAUACACAUCUUGAUGAUACGCGGCUGCACGAUUACUUUCCUGUAUCGAUCAGGCGAGUAAUGUACCUCGACACACGUGUUUCCGUUAAAGUUAUCCAGUCGAUGGUGGAAUGGUCAAAGUCACAGGACGUGUGUGUGAAAUUUGAAUUACUCAAGCGUUCUAUUAAUCUGUCUAAGGAUGAGAAGUACGUCUAUGACUGGAUAAAGCAGCAAGACGGCAUUGAUUUUCAUGACCCUGAAGGACUUAUUGAGAUCCUUGAAGUAAAUAAAUAAGGCGUUGUUGAUUUAAUGUGUUAUGAGUAUGAUGCGUGUUAAUGUUAUCGUGUUAUAAAUUCAAAUUUAAAAAAAGAUUGAAUAAGACUUAAAUAUUUGUAAAACUAUAUUUGUGCUAAAAUGUGUUGUUGUUUGUCGGUUCUUUGUGUAUAAGGUCUGAAUACGCCAUGGAUAUAGUGCGUGUAGGUUUGCAUUUGCAUUUAUUUUAAAGUUACAUAUUCUCAUAUUGUUAUAAAAGAUUUGUUCGAUAAUGUGCGGUAUUGUAUCUAUAAGUUAUAGGAAAAGCUUGAUGUCUGAUAGAUAUUGCCUAAUAGCCUACUAUUAAUAGUAACUUUAUAACGUUUAUAUUUAUUAUAUCGCUCUUCUGGUUCCUUUUUGCAAAAAUAAAACACUGUUGGUAUCCACAACAAGAUAGAUUUAACAUGCCGUAAAGAUAACUUCAUAAGCAAAGUAAAAAUUGAAGCGACGGAUCGUGCCUAUUUAAUUAUGUUUAAUGUCGGAUUAGAUGUGUACAUCAAUUGCAUUGUUUAUAUAAGAUGAAAAUAAUCAUUGUUCAGCUAUUUAAACAAUGUGUUGAUAUUACAGACAUGCUAAAGACAUACUCAAACAUGAUAUACAUUGAACAAGAGACACAUACGCUGUUUCUUACCGGAUUGUUUGUGUAUCUUCACGUUUCAGUCGCUAAUUGAUAUGAAGAUUUCGCAGUCGGGCGAGAGAUGUUCAGAAUUCUGGCAGUCGUAUGCCAUUGAGAUAUUCCUCUGAAUUAAAUGGCUGUUGGAAUUAAUAACAUGAUCGACAAAGGGAGUUUCUAAUGACCGAGAAUCAGCGUUGAUCAAACGUUUCUUAUAUCCAUUUCUUUACUGAAUGUGAUAGGUCUAGUUGUUAUCGUAUUAAAAACAAUAAAUUUGCAAUGCAGUUAUUAUCUGAUAAGACUAUUUUACCCAUUA